CUCACCGUAGUACGCAGGACAAUGCGACAAAGCCAUCUAUCCCACUCUAUAGAAAAUAUCGAGAUAUAUCGCCAUUCAGCCAAAAAAUAUCGGGAUAUCAUAUUUUGCCCAUAUCGUGCAGCCCUAAUCUGAAUACAGACGUCGCAAAACCUCUACAUCCAGCUCUCCAACAAGAAGUUGACAACGAAGACCUUACGGAUGGCACAAGCAGGCGAUUUGUUCACUGAUGCAUUUCCAAUGCAAAAACCCUGACAACCAAUUGGAAUACAGACACUGCAAACCCUCUCCAUCCAGCUCUCCGAGAAGCAGUUGACAACAACGGAGACCCUACAGAUAACACAAGCCCGUGAUUGUUUCACUUGCUCCAAAUUAAACGGUAAGGGAACUAAUUUCAGACAAAGCAUCUUUGCACUUUUGUUUUUUUCAAAGGUAUCUGAUGGGUUUGCACAAAUAGGAAGUAGGCUAAUUAUAUUUGAGGUUAUCUGGCACAACAUUGUAUUGGUUAUUGUUGGUGGCAUCAUUGCAUUUUUUUUUUACAAGCAGUCGCAAUUGCAAGAACUAAAAUAUUACUGACUGGCUAUGCAAACUGCAGCUUACUGAUGUUUCAUGAAUGGUCUUAGUGAGUUAAUAUUUCUUUUUAUGGAGUUUCUACAGAAUUUGCCUGUUAAGAGUUACCUUUGCCCUUAAGAAUUCAAUACACGUCAACACAAAAUAACCUUGUUGUCCUGGAGAUGUUUUGAACAGGCAUGCCAGUUUCAAGGCCCUCGGUCAGGACUCGAGUGUGAGACACUGCUUCAGAGACUAAAAGGGAAAGUUGCAAGAGUAAAAGAAAAACAUCAGUUACACCAAAUAUGUCAAACCACUUGGGUGUCUUGACCACAGUACACAUAAUCAUGUCUUUUCUUUUCUCUCUUACUACAGGCUUUUUACAAUGUAUUAUGUACUGCACAACUAAAUUGCCCAAACAAGUUCUAGCUUUUGUGAGGGAAAAUAACCUUGAAAUGACGGGUACAUGAAUUGAUCCUGGCAAAAACAUAAAAAUGGCACCCAAGCAAAAUACACAAAUAAGGUAAAACGAACAUUAACCUUGACGUUCCAGUUUCUGGGGAGCCUCGAGCGCCAGGUUCAAGAGCAGUUGACUGCUCGAGCUAUACACUGCUCCUGAACCAGGCGCACGAACCUCCCCAGGGAAGAUGCUCAUCUUCCGUUGAUGUAGUUGGCAACUACGGUCGUACUGACAUUUACAGCAAUAACCUAUUAAUUAUUUAAUAUUAUAUACAACUCUUGACCAUUCAAAACUCACGGCAGAAAAGAUGGCACAGGUGUGGAAGGUCGUCGAAUUCAAAGAUAGGAGCACUACCAUAGUGCCAAGCAGCUGGUUGGAGGAGGCAGGGGAGUCAUGGAAUUGUUUCUGGCCUCCUAGUUCUUACGAUCAUAACCGCCUCCAGAAGGCAGUCGCGCACCACCUUCCUCCAGGUGCAGCGUGGGACGUGCACGGUGACGUGAGGGUCUUGGUUAGCUGUGCAACAUAUGUUAAGGCAAAGGACUACCUGAAAAAGUCCUUACUGUGUUUAACAUCAGACAUACAGUCAGAGGCUGAAGACCCUAUCAGAAGGAAAAAAAGGCCAAACUCACGCUACCUGCAGGAGCCAGCUGGAAGAGUCCAGACCACUACGGGCCCGCCGCAACACUUUUUUGAAGGUGUGGACACUGAUGACGAGGCACCACCCCCCCCAAGGAAAACAGCACGACAAUCUGUAGAUGUAGGGCCAGACAUCAAUAGUGAGUGGCUAUUUGGGCCAUCGACCACCCAAAGAGCUCAAUCAAAUGGCAGCCAGAGACUUGAGCUACUACAUCUAGAUACAGUCCAACCAAGCCACCAGCUAUUGCAUGAUAUGGGAAUAUCUAAAGUUGUGGAGCUGCUUUCCAAAGUGCUGGAAGAAAAUAAAUUGAUGAAAGCGGAAAUUACCAACCUGGGGAGUGAAGUGAGGGCGCUUAGGAGAGAGAUGGUGAGGCCGGUAGCACCAGAAGCUGCCGCUUCGUCCAUCAAGCUGCCUCUGAGGACAAUGGAGGAGUUUCAAUUAGCAGAGGCUGUUAUGAGAGAAACCCCCUGCGAAAAACAAAAGAUGAUCUUAACAUUCAGUCUAAUUGGAGGGCACACUGCAGAAGAGGCCGUAAGAAGGAUGUUGCAGAGUGGCCUAACAAAUAACCUGGCGUGUCGCUUCAACUGGGCAGGGAAAGGCUUCAAGGAAGCCUUUAAAAGCACUGUCCUUAGUGAUGUACUGUUCGGUAUGUUUGUCAAAACUCAGUCACACCACACAAGCAUUAGACACAGAUACCACUGA